AUGAACGACGGACCAAGAACUCAGAUAACUCAGGAAUGUGUUGAAACUGGCAAUACUCUACCCGAUGGAGAAGCUGCUGAACAAGACUUCGAAGUCUGGGGUCGACUUUUAUCGAUAAACAAACUUUUUCCGUCGGUUAAUUUGAUUCAAAAUGAAUACUCACUGGGUCGUGGUAAAAAAUGUACAAUAACACUGGAAUCGAAAGAAAUACAAGCAUCCAAAUACUUCGCGACAUACUCAUCAACACAUUUCAAAAUCAUUCGCGACACAAUUCAGAAUUUUGUUUAUAUUCAAGACAUCUCUUCGAACGGAACGUAUGUGAAUGGCGAUAAAAUUGGCAAGAAUAAAAAACGCGUGCUGGAUAACAAUGCAGAAAUUGCACUAGCUUCUAAAACCAACCGUGUUUACGUUUAUAUUGACACAAAUGCUAAAGAGGACUCAUCGAUUCCAGAUGUUGUACGUGAAAAAUAUAUCGUUUCGAAAGAAAUCGGACGUGGUGCAUACGGAGAAGUGAAAUUAUGCUUCAUUCGAGGCACUUGUAAUCGAUUUGCAAUGAAAAUCAUUGCAAAGAAGCAUUUUACUAUGUUGGGCGCUCAGGCCCAUACAUUCAAUCAACAAAUCCAAGCUGAAUGUAAUAUUUUACAAGGACUUGACCAUCCGUGCAUCAUUCGUGUGUACGAUGUUUACGAUACGCCAAAUGCUGUUUAUAUUAUUCUUGAAUUAGUGGAAGGCGGAGAAUUAUUUGAUCGUAUCGUCGCCAGUGGUCAAUUUGAUGAAACAACAACUAAAUUUCUCUUUCGACAAAUGUGUCUAGGAGUGAAAUAUUUACAUGAGCGUUCAAUUACACAUCGUGAUUUAAAACCAGAAAAUGUUUUGUUAACAUCACCGGACACAAAUGAAACAUUAGUUAAAAUUACCGAUUUUGGUCUGUCGAGAUUUAUCAAUGAAACAACACUGAUGAAAACAUUUUGUGGUACACCGAACUAUCUCGCUCCAGAAGUUUUAAUAACCCGUGGCGAAUCAAGUUACACGAAUAAAGUUGAUGUUUGGAGUCUAGGCGUAAUUCUCUAUGUUUGCUUAGUCGGUUAUCCACCAUUCAGUGAUUCGAUUAGUGGAAAACCUUUAAAUGAUCAAAUUAUUGAAGGUCUUUAUACAUUUCCUGAUGAAUUCUGGUCAGACGUAUCAGACUCAGCGAAAGAUCUCAUUCGAAAAAUGAUGUGUACUGAUCCAGCCAAACGUUUGACAAUGGAUAGUGUACUUCAACAUCCUUGGCUAGCUGACGACCUUGACAAUACGAAACGGGUGGAUAGUAUUAUGUAUUCUUCUCAAGUCGUGAAGACACCUACAACAGUUCAAUUACCCAAACGUUCGGCAUGUGAUGACGUAGAAGAAGAAAAAGCUUCAGCAACCAAGGAAGCUGUGACUACUGCGUCAGACAGUACUUAUGCCAGUGGAAAACGAAAGCGAGCCAAAUACUGA